CCCAAAACCCAAAGCCUAUUUAACCUAAAACACAAAACCCAUUUAGCCCAAACCCAACCAAAACCCACUAAAUUAUCCAAACCCAAAAAACCCAAAAAAAAGAAAAAGAAAAAGAAGAAUGAAGGCAUCCAGAACCUUCUUCCUCCCUUACACCCGAACCAGCCUUGCUCUUCCACGCUCACUACACCUCUGCAUCCCCUGCUUACCGCGAGCUAGCCCUGCUCUGCACCCCUGGCUUCUACGCCCGGCCUUGCUCUGCACUCUCCCCUCUGCAUGCCGUGCCUUUUGCGCCCAAGAUCCCGUGCCUUCUACCCCCAGAUCCCAUGCAAUCAUACCCCUACUUCCGGCAAUCAUGCUCUUACACCCCCCUGCCGUUGCACCGAACCAGCCUUUGCCACCUGCGCCCUUGUACUGCUGCACCGAGCCUGCACCUCCUGCACUCUGCGCCCAAUCCCGCGCCCCUGCCUCCUGCACGCUACAGCCAUACAGAAAAAACAGCCAACACAAGACCAAAUUGGCAUCAUUAGUGAUUGACGGGGCAAGGCUUUUUCUUUUUUAUUUUAUUUUGUUAUUUGGGUAUAUAUAUAUAGCAAAAAGCAAAGUACAAGGAGGUCGGUUGUUGAUUUUGGGUCUGGUUUUUAGGAGUUCUCCUUUUUGGUUUUUCUUUGUUGAUUCUCGGGUCUGAUUGGAGAGAGUUUUCUUGUCUUUUUUUUUUUUUUUCGAGAGCAGUAGAGAAAAAAUUCCAAGGAGAAAAGGGAGGUUUCAAGAAGCUAAAAAAUAGAAAAGGGGUUUCUGUGGUGGGCAACGGCAAGAUCGUUGAGCUUCUGGAGGAGUUAUCAGAGAGUUACCAUCUUCUGGGUUGUAUUCUCUUAGGUAAUUUCUGAUCAGAGGAAUUUUUGGGUAGAGCCGUGAGGGAGAAGAAGGGAGCUUGAUCUCGUGGGUGGGAUCCCUCUAUUGGGAUCUUAAUCGGCUUUUUUUUUUUUCCAGAAAUUUUGCCUUGUUUGAUUCUGAUUGCAGUAGAUUUUUGCUGUAUUGAAACUGUAUUUGAAGAUGAUAUUAUGAAUGAAAAAAUCAAACAUGUUCUCUUGA